GCGCGCAGCUCCGGGCCUGUGGCGUGUUUGUUCUCGCCCUUGUACCCCGCCUGUCCAGCCGCCAUGAUAAGCGCCAGCAGAUCCGCGGCCGCGCGUCUCGUGGGCACCGCAGCAUCCCGGAGACCCGCAGCCGCCCGUCACCAGGAUGGCUGGAAUGGCCUUAGUCAUGAGGCUUUUAGAUUUGUUUCAAGAAGGGAUUAUGCAUCAGAAGCAAUCAAGGGUGCAGUUGUUGGUAUUGAUUUGGGUACUACUAACUCCUGUGUGGCAGUUAUGGAGGGCAAACAAGCAAAGGUCCUGGAGAACGCUGAGGGUGCCAGAACGACCCCUUCUGUGGUUGCCUUUACAGCAGACGGGGAACGACUUGUUGGUAUGCCAGCAAAACGUCAAGCUGUCACCAACCCAAACAAUACCUUCUAUGCUACUAAGCGACUUAUUGGACGACGAUACGAUGACCCUGAAGUGCAGAAAGACACUAAGAAUGUUCCCUUUAAAAUUGUCCGAGCCUCCAAUGGUGAUGCCUGGGUUGAGGCUCAUGGAAAACUCUAUUCUCCAAGUCAGAUUGGAGCAUUUGUGUUGAUGAAGAUGAAAGAGACUGCAGAAAAUUACUUGGGCCACACAGCAAAAAAUGCUGUUAUCACAGUCCCUGCUUAUUUCAAUGACUCACAGCGACAGGCCACUAAGGAUGCUGGCCAGAUAUCUGGGCUAAAUGUGCUUCGAGUGAUCAAUGAGCCUACAGCUGCUGCUCUGGCUUACGGUCUGGACAAAUCUGAAGAUAAAGUCAUUGCUGUGUAUGAUUUAGGUGGUGGAACCUUUGACAUUUCUAUCCUGGAAAUUCAGAAAGGAGUGUUUGAGGUGAAAUCUACCAAUGGAGACACUUUCUUAGGAGGUGAAGACUUUGACCAAGCUUUGUUACGGCACAUUGUCAAGGAGUUCAAGAGGGAGACAGGGGUUGAUUUGACUAAAGACAACAUGGCACUUCAGAGGGUUCGAGAAGCUGCUGAGAAGGCUAAAUGUGAACUCUCCUCAUCUGUGCAGACUGACAUCAACUUGCCGUAUCUUACAAUGGAUGCUUCUGGACCAAAACAUUUGAAUAUGAAACUGACUCGAGCUCAAUUUGAAGGCAUUGUCACAGAUCUAAUCAAGAGAACUAUUGCUCCAUGUCAGAAAGCUAUGCAGGAUGCAGAAGUCAGCAAGAGUGACAUAGGAGAAGUGAUUCUGGUUGGUGGCAUGACAAGGAUGCCCAAGGUUCAGCAGACUGUGCAAGAUCUUUUUGGCAGAGCCCCAAGUAAAGCUGUUAAUCCUGAUGAGGCUGUAGCCAUUGGAGCUGCCAUUCAGGGAGGUGUGUUGGCUGGUGAUGUUACAGAUGUGCUACUCCUGGAUGUCACUCCCCUCUCUCUGGGUAUUGAGACACUGGGAGGUGUCUUUACCAAACUUAUUAAUAGGAACACCACUAUUCCAACCAAAAAGAGCCAGGUGUUUUCUACUGCUGCAGAUGGACAAACUCAAGUAGAGAUUAAAGUGUGUCAGGGGGAACGAGAGAUGGCCGGAGACAACAAACUUCUAGGACAGUUCACUUUGAUUGGAAUUCCUCCAGCCCCUCGUGGAGUGCCUCAGAUUGAAGUUACAUUUGACAUUGAUGCCAAUGGGAUUGUGCACGUUUCUGCCAAAGAUAAAGGGACAGGUCGUGAGCAGCAGAUUGUAAUCCAGUCUUCUGGUGGAUUAAGCAAAGAUGAUAUUGAAAAUAUGGUUAAAAAUGCAGAGAAGUAUGCUGAGGAAGACCGGAGAAAGAAGGAACGUGUUGAAGCAGUUAAUAUGGCUGAAGGAAUUAUUCAUGACACAGAAACCAAGAUGGAAGAAUUCAAGGACCAGUUGCCUGCUGAUGAGUGCAACAAGCUAAAGGAAGAAAUUUCCAAAAUGAGAGAACUCCUUGCUCGAAAGGACAGUGAAACAGGAGAAAACAUAAGGCAGGCAGCAUCUUCUCUUCAGCAAGCAUCAUUGAAACUCUUCGAAAUGGCAUAUAAAAAGAUGGCAACUGAACGGGAAGGUUCUGGAAGUUCUGGCACUGGGGAACAGAAGGAAGAUCAGAAGGAAGAGAAACAGUAAUAGUGGCAGUGCAUUGUGGAGCCAGAAGGACGACAUACUAUGAAGCUUGGGAGUAAAGGGACUUCCUGAGCAGAAAAGGGGCAAACUUCAGUCUUUUUACUGUAUUUUUGCAGUAUUCUAUAUAUAAUUUCCUUAAUAUAUAAAUUUAGUGACAAUUGCUAACUCAUUUAAUGGGUAAUAAAGUCAGCAAUAGCAGGUUCAUACUGUUCUGUCACUAGCCUGUUAUUUAGCUGCAUGUAAAGGGGUGGGGGAUGGGGCUAUGUACCAAUCAUUAAGGUAAAUCUGGUUCGUGCUGAAAUGGCUGUGUUUUCAAGGUGGGAAGUCCAUUUCACAUGCAGUGGAGGUAGUCUGUCAUGGACCUUGAACUGACAUGCAGAUGCUUGUUGGCCAAGGGCACUGCUAUAAAAAAUGACUUAAUGUAUGAACAUUUGCUCCUUCAACUGAUACCUUCCAAGACUUAAGCUACCUGUGCCUUGGUCUAUAGGUACAGAAGCUAGGUCAAUGGAUAACAGCUGUGUUAGCCAUAAAGUGAUAUAUGAGAGUGAUAUAAGCCUCUCUUGGGCCUGAGGCAUACUUACAUUCUUGAUGAUUGUUCCUUUUUCAUCCAUUCUGGAAUUUUUUUUUUUUUUUAAAUAAAAUUCUGAAAGCCUCUUCAUCUCCUUUGUGAAUGGUGAUAGCUCAAGGACUAUGACUGUACUAUCAGGUUUUUAGGAAGAAGUAAAGAUCAACACUGACUAAAAGGUUGAACAAAUUAAACAUGGGGAGGGACUAAUAAAAUGUAAUGUAUGCUGGAUGUGGAAGCCCACUCAGGAAGCAGUUUGAAGCCAGGCAGGGUUGCACAAUGAGAUACCUUGUCCUAAUAAAUGUACUGGCAUAAACAAA